AUGGCCGCAGUCGCACCCUCGCUCUCCGGCCCCAGCGGCUUAGCGGCACAGCAGAGAGAGCAAGCCAACAAGCAGAAGCCCUUUGCCAUCUUCGACACGUCCGUGCUGUUUGAGACUCGUGGCUCCAGUUAUGGUUACGGCGCCGCCAAAACUUAA